GCGUCAUUACGUUACGCGUCGUUGGGACGCCAGUCUCGCGUGAUGAGACGUGAGACGUGCGGGUUCCCGUGAGGCGGAGGCGGGAGCGGGCAGUAAAACCAUGAGUUUAUUUUCUACCCCUGGGGGAUUUGGAACCGGGGGCGGCAGUAUGUUCGGCAGCACAGCGACCGAUAACCACAAUCCUAUGAAGGACAUCGAAGUCACGUCACCCCCAGACGACAGCAUCUCGUGCCUCUCGUUCAGCCCCCCCACGCUGCCCGGCAACUUCCUAAUCGCCGGUUCCUGGGCCAAUGACGUUCGGUGCUGGGAAGUUCAGGAUAACGGACAGACCAUUCCGAAGGCGCAACAGAUGCACACAGGCCCCGUGCUGGACGUCUGCUGGAGUGACGACGGGAGCAAAGUGUUUACAGCCUCGUGUGAUAAAACUGCCAAAAUGUGGGACCUGAACAGCAACCAAUCAAUACAAAUUGCACAGCAUGAUGCCCCUAUAAAGACCGUGCAUUGGGUAAAGGCCCCAAACUACAGCUGUAUCAUGACUGGGAGCUGGGAUAAAAGUUUGAAGUUUUGGGACACACGGUCGCCUAACCCAUUGCUGACUCUGCAACUCCCAGAGCGAUGUUACUGUGCCGAUGUGGUGUACCCUAUGGCUGUUGUGGCCACGGCGGAGAGAGGGUUAAUUGUGUAUCAGCUUGAGAACCAGCCCUCAGAAUUUAGAAGAAUAGACUCUCCCCUUAAACAUCAGCACAGGUGUGUCGCUAUAUUUAAAGACAAGCAGAACAAACCAACUGGUUUUGCACUGGGAAGCAUUGAAGGAAGAGUCGCCAUUCAUUAUAUCAACCCCCCCAAUCCAGCCAAAGACAACUUCACGUUUAAAUGCCACCGCUCCAACGGCACAAACACCACCGCCCCUCAGGAUAUCUACGCCGUAAAUGGCAUUGCUUUCCAUCCCGUACACGGCACUUUGGCUACAGUCGGCUCAGACGGCCGAUUCAGUUUCUGGGACAAAGAUGCACGGACCAAACUGAAGACGUCGGAGCAGCUGGACCAGCCAAUCUCCGCUUGUUCCUUCAACCACAAUGGAAACAUUUUUGCCUAUUCGUCCAGCUAUGACUGGUCCAAGGGCCAUGAAUUCUACAACCCACAGAAGAAGAACUAUAUCUUCUUGCGUAACGCGGCCGAAGAAUUAAAACCGCGGAAUAAGAAAUAGUGAGCAGCCCCCGCCAAGGGCACAGUAUUGGAGAUAUGAGUUUCCCAUACUGCUCAGCACAGCGCUUACACCUGGCCCCGCCCCCGGCACAGACCUCACUUUCAUGCUGCCAAUCCCCUUCGCGUCUGCGCAGACUCUGAAAUUUUCGUUGAACCCAUGUACAGAACAAGGACAGUUUCUCUCGCCCCCCCCAUUCCUGUCGUGAGAGACCCCCGAUAUUGUCGUCUUUCUGGAUCAAUUGUAUGUGUCGUAAGCCCAGCGGGGCAGCAUGCUGAUUAACUCGCCUUAAAGGGCCGGAACGGAGGAACUGGACGGUGUCUGGUUGGGUCUUGUUUUAUAUUUGAAUAAAGUUUUUUUUUUUUUUUAUAUAUA